GGAAAUAGAAAACAAUCCGAGUUCUCUAUGCCACAGACGCCAAAUGUCGCCAUCGAUCAAUGACAUUUUGUGUAGUUGAAUUUAUUGAUAUAAAGCGUUAAUGUAAAUAAUAAACAAUUCUAACAUAAACGUCGGCUUUCAGUCGAUAUGUAUGCCAAGGGCAAAGGCUCUACGGUACCUUCGGACGCUCAGGCACGCGAGAAGUUGGCCCUCUAUGUCUACGAAUACUUACUGCAUGUUGGGGCACAGAAAGCGGCGCAAACUUUCCUUUCGGAAAUCCGAUGGGAGAAGAAUAUAACGCUUGGAGAACCCCCUGGGUUCCUCCACUCGUGGUGGUGUGUGUUUUGGGAUCUUUACUGCGCCGCGCCAGAACGGCGGGACACAUGUGAGCACUCUUCAGAAGCGAAAGCAUUUCACGACUAUGGUUUUGUCAAUUCUGGAUAUGGUGUUAACGGAAUCGGUCACAAUGCAGGCCCAGCGCCGCCGAACGAUGGCAUGGGUGGAGGUGGUAUGCCACCUGGUUUCUUCCCCAACUCCUCACUACGGCCGUCACCACCAGCCCCACAUCCAGGCUCUCAGCCAUCACCGCACGGGCCACAGCCGCAGCUGAUGGGCUCCGGACAACCGUUUAUUGGACCAUGGUAUUCAGGCGGACCACGAUCAGCUGUACGAAUGGGAAUGGGCAACGACUUUAAUGGACCACCAGGACAAGGUAUGAUGGGCAACUCAUUGGAAAGAGGUGGUGCUGGAGGUGCGGGAAUGUUGGGCGGGCCUCGUAUGACACCUCCUCGACCUGGCAUGGGGCCGAUGAGCCCCGGGGCCUACGCUGCGGGUAUGAGAGGCCCACCGCCGCAGGGAGCAGGCAUGCCUCCGAUGGGCAUGGGGCCGAGGGGCGCAUGGGCGGGCGGUAGUGGGUCAGCCGGGGGCUCAGCCCCCCUUAAUUACAGCGGCGGCUCGCCGGGUGCGUACGGGGCGCCGCCGGGGUCAAAUGGACCCCCGGGGCCCCCUACACCCAUAAUGCCGAGCCCACAGGAUUCAUCGAACUCAGGAUUAGGUGGUGUUGAUGGUAUGAAGUCAUCUCCGGGUGGCGUCGGUGGAGGAGGGCCGGGAACGCCCCGUGAGGACUCGGCCUCUGGAAUGGGGGAUUACAACUUAAGUUUCGGUGGGCCCGGCGGGGAUCAAAGUGACCAGACGGAAUCGGCCGCCAUAUUGAAAAUUAAAGAGAGCAUGCAAGAGGAGGCGAAGCGAUUCGAAAAGGACCCAGAUCACCCUGACUACUUUAUGCAGUGAGCGGGGUUCGACAUAACAUACCGGGAUUAUACAUUGACUCGUAAUGGCGCCAACUGUCAACUGUCAGAUGUCAGCGACGUGGAGUGUCGUUUCAGUGUGUGCGUCACGUUAGCGUAGAGUUAUUUUUGAAUAUCGAAUUGAAAUUACGCGGCUUUUAGUAAAUUUUUCGAAAUUUGAAUUUGGCGCCAUUUCAAGCGAGUCUGAUCUCAGAAAUGGGAGACCGGUAUGUUGGCAAUCCCGCGCGAUCCGAUUGGCGCGUUUAUUAAUUUUAGUGCACCGUUUUCUAUAUUUGAAUUUUGGCGGGUUGUCAGCGUUAUGACAUGCGAGCUUCCUGUUAUGAAAGUUUGGAACGGGGACGUCUUAUGUUUUCGACCUGUUCUAAGUGGUUUCAUACUUUUUUAUUGAUGCAUAACGGUACGAUCUGCCAAAAUAUAGCACAGUAGAUAUAUGUAUUGAUAUUGGCUACUGUUUAAAAUACAAAGUAUUCUUCGCGCCUAGCACGAAUUUAAUCACGAUAUUGACGAUUAAGCGAAACGAUUCGCACUGUAUAUGUAAUUGUUUAGUUCGUGCUAGGACCUCAAUCAAUUCAUUUGCAAUUUUUUUUAUUGUGUCGACGAUUUUUGUUUCGCACAAUUGAAGUUCGAAAUUUGAAUCUUUAUGGACUGGCAGUUUAGGAAAUUUUUUUCGUCGCCAUCUUGUGUAUCGAAUGUGUAAAUUCUUUAUUCAAAUUGUCGCAAUAGUGAUGUUCUAUACAUGUCGAUAUUAAUUUUAUUUCGAAUAUAUGUUUUUAUAUAGAAUUAAUUUAAACAUCUAAAUGUAUUGUGUAUUAAUACAUUAGUAUUGCUUGAAUGGUUUUUUGAUGUUUUAACAUUAUUUUUUUAUAUUGACAACGGUUUUUAGCCAAGAUUACUUAAUUCCAUAUUUAUUUUAAGUAAAGAUUUUUCAGUUAUAUUUAUUUAAUAAGAAUAAUUGUGUAAUCAAUUUAGUGCUAUCGGCUCUUUAUUUGCUUAAAAAUAUUUGAUUUUGGUUUUAAUGUGUUUUCACACUGAACAUUCAAUCUCAAAAUUGAAAGAAAUAGGUGUAUCACAUCUUCCAUUUUUAAUAUAAAUUAUUUUAGCUUUUGUUUAAGAUAUAAUGUUCCUAGAUUCGUAUUUUUAUUUAUAAGUUUCAUUGGUUGACGAACAUUUGGGAAAAUUCUUUUCAUAUGGCUAAAAAUCAGCUUUUAGGGGACAUAGCGUAUGGGACCUAAAAUCGACUCCUGCGCUGCCGGUAAAGUGGCGAAAGUAGUUAUAGAGGCGCAACUAAAAUGGGGGUUCAGGAGGACUGUCUGCCUUUUAUGGUUGUCCCCGUAGGCUCGUUUGCCUUUAAAAAAAAAGAUGUACAUUUCUUAUAAUUCCCAAAGCGAAAUGUAUUUAUGAAAAUAUGCAUUUAUUCAUAAAUUAUUAUAAUUAUAUAGUUGUAGUGCGGGCGACCAAUUACAGGAAUUGAUUUUUGUGUCCAACCUUUGGGAGUCCGCGGAAGCGUUUUUAUGGAAUUUUGUACUAAAAUUUCAUUUCAAUCCGGUAUUUAAGUUUUUUUUUCGGGGUGUAUGGAAAUUUGUAUAAAAUAGGUUAUUAUAGAGAUUUUUCGGUGAGGUAGCGUCUAAGUUAGGGCUCCGCCCUGUCCAUAGUGCGCAAGUUUUGGGUCCUCGGCUUCGAACGAAAUUCGUAUAUGGAAUCGCAAAGUAUCGAUAAAUGUUUACGAGUGCACAUCACUGGUUUUGUCAUGGAUUUGUAAAUAUUUUUGUUUUUUUCUCUUUGUUGCCAGGACCGAAAAAUUGUUGAAACGUGCAGUGUUUAUAGAUUAAGUUAGCGUAAAAUAGAUCGAUAAAUUGCAAAUGGACAUGAAUUUUUUUAAAAAUGGAAUUUCUAUUGGUUUUUUUAUUUAAUAUAUGUAGUGUGAUUGUAUGUUAAAAUAUAGUUUAGCUAUUGUGAGGGUACUUAAGACAUUUUGUUUAAUACAGUCCAUAAACAAGUGUAUGUUGCUAUGUUAAUUUCAAAAGGGGACAGCGUGUUUAAAAUACUUCGUAAAUCUCCAAAAUGGCGCUAAGCUAUCGCAAUAUAUUCCGAUAUUAAAACCUUAUUAGCACACAAUUCUGUUUAAACAGCGCAUAAUAUAACGCAGUGACAUCUGUCUAUAACUCAAUUGGAACUGUCAAACGCGUCAUCUGUCAACGCGAUAAUUGUCACACAAUCGCGGGAAAUGUGUUUAUUGCAGUUGUCAAAUUGAAUAUAACGAAACAAUUGAAUAUUUUUUUAUUAUUAGUUUAGAUGUCUUUCGUCAACAAUAGUUUUACUAUAUUAUGUUUAAUUUCGAUUUAGGUAAAUGAAUUAUUUUUUCUUAUCGAUGUACUGUUUAUAUACUUACAUAAAUAGUUAUUAUAUAUUGA